AUGCUUCCUCCAAUUCCAGUUUUGGCAGACUAUGGUAUCUCGCCAGACCAUGGCUUUCUCCCUCCCGAUCCGCCUCUCGAGGUGUUGCCGGACCCUUACUACGCCAAGUGGGAGUGGAUUGUGUCUAAUCUGCAGGCCCUGCUAACCAGUCGGAGGAUUCGGGAGGCUGUGGACAACAUGUCCAUGCUGUCGACAUCAUAUCUUCGCUCCGACGCGGAGUGGCGAAGGGCUUAUGUUGUCUUGGUAUUCAUGCUACAUGGGUAUGUUUGGGGCGGAAGCCGGCCGGCCGAGAAAAUCCCUCCCCAGCUGACAGUUCCCCUGUUGGACGUAUGCGAGCACCUGGGCCUACCACCAGUUGCAACAUACGCCGGGGUCUGUUUGUGGAACUACAAACCCAUUUUUCCCGAGGAGCCCGUCUGUGAUCUGCGUAACCUCGACAGCAUCAACACAUUCACGGGGUCUUUGGACGAGAAGUGGUUUUAUCUGGUUUCUGUGGCUAUCGAGUCUUGUGGGGCGCCAUCAAUCCCGCUGGUUCUGCAAGCCAUCACCGCUGCGCGGGCUGGAAAAAGCCUGGUUGUGACGGAGUGCCUGCAGAGGCUUGCGGAAGUGUUGGAUGAGGUAGGGACACUGUUGGAGCGCAUGUAUGAGCAUUGCGAUCCGUAUGUGUUCUACCACCGGAUCCGUCCCUACCUGGCGGGAAGUAAAAAUAUGGCCGAUGCUGGCCUCCCGCACGGUCUUUUGUACGACAAGGGAAGCGGUGAGCCUGAGUAUCGCCAGUAUGGCGGUGGCAGCAACGCUCAAAGCUCAUUGAUUCAAUUUUUUGACAUUGCUCUGGGUAUCGAGCAUCGACCUACUGGAGAAGGCCCUCCGAGCAGCACACCCUUGAAAGACGAGAAGGAGGGCGUGGCCGGGGCCCCACGCCAUGGCUUCAUCCAGGAGAUGCGCUCCUACAUGCCGGCGGCACACCGUCGCUUCCUGGAGCACGUCAACGCAGUGGCCAACAUCCGAGAGUACGUGGAAGCACGACGCUCAGACAAGGCACUCUGCAUCGCUUUCGACGCCUGUCUCUCUAUGCUACGCGCCAUGCGGGAUAAGCACAUCCAGAUCGUGUCCCGUUACAUCAUCAUCCAGUCUCGGGACGCACGACCCAGUCGCGCCCCUCGUGCAAGCAGCCCAAAACGAGCCUCUAUCAACCUCGCCACUGCCCGGCACGGCGAAAGGUCUGACAGCAAGAAGUUACGAGGCACUGGUGGAACCGCGUUGAUCCCGUUCCUGAAACAAGCGCGGGACGAGACCGGAGAACCGGCCAUUGACGCCUGGGCCCGACGACUGCUGAGCAACGGUCCAUCAGAGGCCAGCUUCGCGGCGCUAAGCAAAGUGGACGAAGACCACGACGGUCAUCUCCAAGUCGUGGGACUGUCAGGAACCUGGGCAGCCGACGACAGCGAGGGGGGCAUAUGUCAUUGGUAG